UAGCCACAUUAUCCGAAGAUCCCCUUACAUAUCAGUGAUGAGACGGUAGCUGGUUGUCCUUGUUGAUCCAUAUCGUUUCUCCCUACAUUCACACAAGACAUCAGCACACGAUGACAAGAAACACGCCCCCGGAUUACUACGCAAUCCUCGAGGUUUCAGAGAAAGCCUCUGCCGCUCAGAUUCGAGAUGCGUAUAAACGAGCUGCCCUGAAGACGCACCCCGAUCGAGUUGCCAACAACUCACCCGAGCGAGAGCAGAGGACUCGACGCUUCCAGCUCGUCAACGACGCCUACUACACCCUCUCCGAUCCCACCAGGCGAGCAGAGUACGACAUUCAGCGAACGUCGUACCGCCGGCCAACGGCCUCCGACCCCUUCGCAGACGCAGAGGACACCUCGGGACAGAGCUUCUACUCGUGGGCAUGGGAUCACUUUGCGAACGGGGCCGGCCGUGAGGAGGCGGAAAAUGCCCAGUUCAGCGAUGCCUUUGAGGAGAUGAUGCGAGACGAGGGAUUCGCUGCGGACGGGACGCCGAACCAGCAGCCGGGCACCUCAACCAUGUGGGGCAUGGUCGGUGCAGUCAGUGGCGGCGCGCUGGGCUUCAUCGUGGGCAACGUGCCCGGGCUGCUUGCGGGAGCGGUGGCCGGUAAUCGUCUGGGGGCCAUCAGGGAUACCAAGGGGAAGAGCGUGUACGAGGUCUUCCAGGAACUUCCUCAAGACGAUAAGGCGAGGCUGCUGAGCCAGCUGGCCGCAAAGGUAUUUAGCCAUGUGACUGGCUGAUGGUGAUGGCUCCAGCAACGCCCAACUGGAGGGAGUUCUAGCGAUGGAAGGGUGGAAAAUGUGUAUACGGACGGAUCGAUUUUUUAUGUUUGGCGAGGACUCUUUGGUUGAGUGCGCUUUUUCCCUUCCUUUUAUUUCCCUCUUUCCCCCCUUUAUUUUGCUUUCUUGUUCUUUAUAUCACGAGGAUACGCUAUGAGACGAUGGAAACGACCCCUACCUGCUUGUCGCCAGUGUGCGUCCACAACAAGGCAG